AUUUCCGCCAACCAAAGACCAAAGAUAAGCUCUGCCAAAGCAAGAACACACAGGAAAGAUGCAAUUUUACUUGCAAUUCAACUGAGAGAGCCUAUUUUGUUUCCUUAUCAAUCUUAAUCUCCAACUUCUUCAGCGUACCUGCCAUGGCAGAAGCACCCACAUUGCCUCCAUCAAACAGGUAUGCAGUUGUAACAGGAGGAAAUAAGGGGAUUGGGUUGGAGAUAUGUAGGCAAUUGGCUUCUAAUGGGGUGACGGUGGUGGUAACAGCCAGAGAUGAGAAGAGGGGACUUGAAGCUGUUGAAGAACUCAAGAAAUCUGGUCUAUCUGACCUUGUGGUUUUUCAUCAGCUCGAUGUGACUGAUCCCACUAACAUUGCUUCACUUGCAGAGUUCAUCAAAGCCAGAUUUGGAAGGCUUGACAUCUUGGUGAAUAAUGCCGGAAUUAGUGGAGCCAUAGUGGAUGUUGAUGCUUUUAGAGCUUCAGGUUUUGGCCGUGGUGCGCCAGGUGGAGCACAAGUGAAUUGGAACAAUAUAUCGACAGAGACAUAUGAAUCUGCAGAAGUGUGCCUGAAAACAAACUAUUAUGGUGCCAAAAGAAUGAUUGAAGCUUUUAUUCCCCUCCUCCAAUUAUCCAAUUCUGCAAGGAUUGUUAAUGUGUCCUCCUCCAUGGGGAAAUUGAAGGUGCUGAACGGUUUUCUAAAGGAUGUUGAGGAUGGUUUGCUAGAAAGCAAAGGCUGGCCUUUUCUGCCUGCCUAUAGAGUUUCAAAAGCAGCCCUGAAUGCCUAUACAAGGAUUCUGGCCAAGAAGUACCCAGAUUUCUGCAUCAAUUGUGUCUGUCCCGGCUUUGUGAAAACAGACAUAAACUUCAACACUGGCAUAUUAACUGCUGAGGAUGGGGCUGAAAGUCCUGUGCGGUAUGCAGUUGUUACAGGAGCAAAUAAAGGUAUUGGAUUGGAGAUAUGCAGACAGUUGGCUUCUAAUGGAAUUGUGGUGGUGUUGACUGCUAGAGAUGAGGAGAAGGGUCUUGAAGCUGCUCAAAAACUCAAAGACUCUGGUUGCCAUGAUCAUGUGCUUUUUCAUCAGCUUGAUGUGGCAGCCCCAACUAGUAUUGCUUCCCUUGCAGACUUCAUCAAGACACAAUUUGGAAAGCUUGAUAUCUUGGUGAACAAUGCUGCAAUUAAUGGAGCCAUAAUGGAUAGUGCUGCUUUAAGAGAUUUGACGGCUAAUCAGGGCAGGGCAAGUAUGAAAAUGACCGAGACCUACAAGCUGGCGGAAGAAUGCCUAAAAACAAACUACUAUGGUGCAAAAAGAAUGGUUGAAGCAUUCAUUCCCCUCCUUCAGUUAUCCGAUUCAGGACGGAUUGUUAACGUGUCCUCCAGCGCAGGGACGUUAAAGAAGAUAGAGAAUGAGUGGGCUAAAGGGGUAUUAAGUGAUGUCGAGAGCCUUACAGAAGAAAGAGUGGAGGAGGUGUUGAAUGAGUUUCUAAAGGAUUUCAAGGGCGGGUCGGUAGAAACCAAAGGUUGGCCUGGUGUUUGGUCUGCUUAUUCAGUUGCUAAAGCAGCCAUGAAUGCCCACACAAGGAUUCUGGCCAAGAAAUACCCAAUCUUCCGCAUCAACUCUGUGUGUCCUGGCUAUGUCAAAACAGAUAUAAACUACAACACUGGCAUCUUAACUGUCAAAGAUGGUGCUGAAAGUGUUGUGAGGUUAGCAUUGUUACCAAAUGAUGGGCCUUCUGGCCUCUUCUUUUCUCGCGGGGAAGCUUCAGCCUUUUGA